AUGACUGAGGAACGUGGCGUGAAGCGCAAGCGUUAUGAACCUCCUCAAGAGCACCACGAUAUCAAAGAAGUUCAUAAAGCUUCGAAGAAGGCGAAAGUGUUUGAAACUCAGAAGCUGGUCAAGAGGUUGAAAGAUUUACGACGCAAAGGAGACGACCCCAAGGCUAUAGAGGAACACGAGGAACAAUUAACAUUACUCAAGUCUGUAGAUCAUGACACAAUCGGAAACACUGCCUUCAAAACGAAGAUACUGAAGGAUAAUAGUCUCCGAGAAAAUGAUUUUGUCCAAGCGGCCCUAUCCUCCGAGGUUGGGGAGAAUGUGACCACCCCUGCGAAGCCCGGCACGCCUCUCGCAAAGGUGCAAAGCCGCCUACUCAGCUCAAAGCUCCUUGCAGCACAAAUUGUUGUGUCGAUCGAAAAUUUGAGGAUGCUUCUCGACCCAACGUUGCGUGGACCUAAGGCGGAAGGGACGGAGGAAGAUACCGCGGUGCCUGCACCCAAACGGAAGAAAGCGCCGACUUUAUCUGGGGAGCAAUCUGUUGCCCAUGCAGCUAUGGAAGAUUGCGAAUCAGAUGGGGAUGAGUGGAAAGGCGUCGACGAUGAAAAUCAAGAUAUGGCCGAUGCGGCGAUUGGCGAUGGAGUCGAUGACGGAUGGGAAUCAGGAACAGUGGGCGAAGGGGAUGACGUUGCGGGAUCCGACGGUUGGGAGUCGAGCUCCAUCGGUAAUGACGACGAUGUCUCUGAAGAUGGCGAUAGGCUGGAACUCCAUGCCAAGCCCGCGGUGAAAAAAUCGGCUACAGCAGCGCUCAAAGCCAAGGCAUCGGCUUCAGGGUUGCAAUCGACUUUCUUGCCCUCCCUGUCCGUUGGCUUUGUUAGAGGAGGGUCAGAGGAGUCAGAUUGGAGCGAAGAGGGCCGCGUUGCUGACAUUGAUGUCAAAAAAAAUCGGCGUGGUCAGCGCGCUAGACGAGCUAUUUGGGAAAAGAAAUAUGGUCGCAACGCGAAUCACAAGAAAAAGGAAAGCGAAGAGAGCACAAAAUUCGGUUCAGUCAGGGGAGAACCACCCCGUCCACGACAGCUUCACAAUCACCCACCAUCUUCUGGUGCGUCCAGGAAGAUCAAACCGACUUCACAACAGCGUCAACCUCCUGACAUGGGCUGGGGACAACGUCGGAUUGGUCCAAACAAAAUUCCACCAUCAAAAUCGGAAACAAAAGCAGAUCAAUCUCUACAUCCAUCUUGGGAAGCGAAACGAAAGCUCAAGCUGAAAGAGAGCGCAGGAAUUAUCCCUAGCCAGGGAACGAAAAUCAAAUUUUCAUGA